AACGCAGCUUCACUUCCCAGCAGCCAGACAAGAAAAGACAGAAGGACUGUGCUGGAGCUUGUCGCAGGAAACACGCUACCAAAUUCCCCACAGAACAGCUCCAACAAGUACCCAUGUAGUCAGCUGUUGCAUGAACUCCAGGGCAGUUGGGGGGAUGUGGGAUUCCUAUCUUUACCUGCUGCAAUGCCCGCCGGCUCUACUGAGAUGACCCCAGGAGAAGUGCAAUGUGGAUAUCAGAGUGAGCCAGGGAAAAUCAACGUCUGGACCAGGAUAUCCUCACACUGAGCCAGAAAGAAACCUGUUCCCGUCCACACAAAAACACUCACACACACUCACUCCCAAUCCGUCGUCGCAAUGCUGUUGCCAGGACCGCUGUGGGCGUGCCUGGCUCUGAUAUGGGUGGGAAGCUGCAGUGCCCACAGCCUGUUUACCUGCGAGCCCAUUAAGGUGCACCGGUGCUUGGGGGUGCCCUACAACAUGACCUUCUUUCCCAACAUGAUGGAGCACUAUGAUCAGGAAAUUGCAGCCAGUAAUAUGGAGCCAUUCAUGCCCCUGGCAAACCUGCGCUGCUCUCCAGACGUCCACCACUUCCUGUGCCAAGCCUUCAUCCCAGAAUGCACCGAGGAGAACAAAGUGAUCCGUCCAUGCAGAGAGCAGUGCAAGACCGUUAUGUCUGACUGCGAGGAGAAUAUAAGGAUCUUUGGUAUCACCUGGCCUCCUGAGCUACAGUGUGACAAACUGGACCCGUGUAGCUCUCCUGAUGGUUCGACACCUCCUGCAACCACCCCGAUGAGCUCCUCAUCAACCAAGAGGGACCUUGGCUUCUGGUGCCCACUGCAGCUGAAGACCAAGCCGGGCCACGGAUCAUCGUUCCUGGGCGCUCAGGACUGUGCACCGCCUUGCUCCAACAUGUACUUCAAACCCCACGACAUUGAAUUUGCGAAGAGCUUUAUCGGCGUGUGCUCCAUCGUCUGCCUGGGCGCCACGCUCUUCACCUUCCUCACUUUCCUCAUCGACGUCAAACGUUUCCGCUACCCAGAGCGCCCCAUAAUCUUCUACGCCGUGUGCUACAGCUUUGUCUCGCUUAUAUACUUCAUUGGUUUCCUGCUGGGGAACAACGCAGCCUGUACCAAAGCGUCUCACCCUGCCGGUGUGGACACAGUGGUGCUGGGCUCUCAGAGCAAAGGCUGCACUCUGCUUUUUAUGCUGCUCUACUUCUUCUCCAUUGCUGGUAUAGUCUGGUGGGUCAUACUCACCAUCACCUGGUUCCUGGCAGCUGGACCCAAGUGGAGCUGUGAGGCCAUAGAGAAGAAAGCGGUGUGGUUCCACUCUGCUGCCUGGGGGAUCCCCGGGGCGCUAACAGUCAUGCUGCUGGCUCUGAACAAGGUUGAAGGGGACAAUAUCAGCGGCGUUUGCUUCGUAGGGCUCUACGACCUGGACGCCCUGCGUUACUUUGUCCUGGCUCCUCUGUGCGUGGGCGUCGUAGUCGGCCUCUUCCUCAUCCUGGCGGGCAUCGUUUCUCUCAACCACGUCAGGCAGGUCAUCCAGCACGACGAGCGCAACCAGGAGAAGCUGAAGAAGUUCAUGAUCCGCAUCGGCGUGUUCAGUUGCCUCUACCUGGUCCCGCUGGUCACCCUGUUGGCCUGCUACACCUACGAACAGAGUUACCGCAGCACCUGGGAGAAUACCUGGAUCAACGACCGCUGUCAGGAGUACAGCAUCCCCUGCUCCCACAAGACAACAGAGCUCAGCCGCCCUGACCUCUCCCUGUUUCUGGUAAAAUACUUAAUGACGCUGGUGGUUGGAAUAUCUGCAGUGUUCUGGGUCAGCAGCAAAAAGACCUGCUCCGAGUGGGCCUACUUCUUCAACAGGACCCGCAAGAGAGAUCCCAUCAGCGAGAGCCGCCGGGUGCUGCAGGAGUCCUGCGAGUUCUUCCUCAAGCACAACAGCCGCGUCCAGCACAAGAAGAAACACUACAAGCCGAGCUCCCACAAGCUCAAGGUCAUCUCCAAGUCCAUGGGCACGAGCACCGGCGUCGCGUCCACCAACGCCUCCACCGGCGCCGCCACAGCCAAUCAAGGAACCUUUGCGCUGGGCAAUCACGAGCCCCACAUGCAAGGCUCUCUGUCUGAGGUCUCAGCCAGGGAGCACCUGGAGAGGGGCACCUCCAGCCGGAGCUCCAGGAGGGGGGAGAGGGAGAGGGAAAGAGAGAGGGAGCGGGAGGGGGGAGAGAGACGUAGCAAAGGUGGGAGCUCCAGUAAGAUCAGCAGCCGUUCAGAGAGCACGCACAAAGUCCCAGAUGGGAGGAUGACGCCGAGGAGCGAGUUGUCAGAGGCCAGGCAGGUCCCCGGUGGUCAGCAGCAUCCAGCUUUAAACCUGUCACACAGCAGCAGCCUCCAGGACUCCACCCACCAGCUGGUGCACCGGGUGCCUGAGGAGAGCAAGGACACAAAGGAUAGCAGCUGCUGAGACAUCUCAUCCCCAAAUGUAUCAUCCAUCCAUCAAUCGACCCUUGAAACCACUCACAGUCCCACUUGAUGCUGGUUCCUGUAUCUGUUUCAAACCAUAGUACCCAUUUGUGUCAUACAUCAUAUAAGCUUCCUACAUCAGAUUCUGAUUGUAUUGGUUACGUUGUAGUCAGUGAAUGUUCAUUGUAACAUACCUCGAGUAUUUCAAAUGUAGUAUGUUGGAGCAGAAUCUGUGGGUUUCAGCGGAGAGCCUAACAGCGUUGGAUUGUUAUUUAGUUAAGGUGACAGCUGUGUCUUUGAGCUUUACUGAGCGUAUGUCCAUUUAGUAUACACCUGAAUGUUGCAGCAGCUGUUCUGCACCUAUACAUCUACCAAUGGUCAUUUCAUUUUAUAGCAUGCAUUAAAAACUCUAGGUCUACUGUUGGGUAGAUUUGUAGCUCAGUGGCAUAGAAUGCGUUCUAGUAAACAAAUGCAAUAUUUAUGUAAAUAUUCUAUUUUUUAGAAAUGAAGUCUUUCACUGGACUAGUCACUACACUGAGUGUUACGUUAAGAAAGGUCAUGAUAUUGCCAAACAUUCAACUUAAGGAGAGUCUUCCUGUGGUAAACUCUUUCUUUAAAUGUCUUAUUGUUCUUCCUGGAAAGAUGGUUUGCACUCAAACCUCAACUUGUGAUACGCAUAGUGUGCUACUUUAUUGCUCCUUUGAAAAAAAGGCAUACUCUCACUACUUAAACUUGAUAUAGUUGAUUUUUAGACAAUGUUGGAUUUGUGAUUUUCCUUUGACAAAGUUUUCUUUCAAACACUUUCACUCUGUUUCUGUUCUGUAUUUACUAUGCUGAGUUGUCUUCAAAGAAGUGUCCAGUGAGUUUGGAUAAAGUAUAGCUUUAUAGUUUUCUACAAGAAUGUGCCUUCCUUUGAGCAGUUCCUCAUCUUUAAAGAACUUCAAAGAAUCUCCAGGUGUUUUGCAUGUGUGAUGUCUGCCUGUUGUAGGUGUAAAUUCGUGUGAUUUUUAGUCAAAUUGAGGAAACAAAUCAAACAGGCUUUGCACUAUUUGUCAUUAGAAGCACAAACCAUGAAUUAUUAAGUAUGAAUAGUCAUAAACAAACACAAAAGAGAAUUUGUGGCUUUGUUCAGGGCGUAUUUAUAACAUGGGUCACAGACCGUAUAUAUUUCUUUUUAAGUACUUCCAGAACAACUUCUGUGAUUUAUUUGAAAAUCUGUCAUGCUGUACUGUCUGUUUUGCUGUGUAAGGGAUUCAUUCGUCCCUUAAGUUUCUUUACUGUUCAUAUUUGGGAGUCACAGGACAGUUCCAGUAACACUAAUUAAAAGGGAAUCCUUGUCAGUAUGUUUCUGUUGUACAUGUAUGUUCUUACUCUGGCAUGUGGACGGGGGUCUUGCUUAUAAUGUACCUAGACUUAGAGUAGUCUAUGAAAUGCUCUACACCACUUUUGUGAACCUGAACUUUUUUUUUACUGUUUUUUUUAUGUAGCCUAUCUUUUCAGUUGAAUUUUGUAUCCAUCCAAUUUAAUUUUAAUAAAAUAUAAUUGAAUAAGAA